UUAUUAUUAUUGUUACCGCACUUAGAAUUAUAGAAAAAUACUGUGAUCACCGCUAACCAGGAUAUUUCAUCAGUUAUUUUAAAAAGCUCAAGAAGUAGUAUACAUAACAGAGAAAAACAAAAAUAACAACAAAUAUACCAUAUAUUUGUAUAGUUUAGGACAAUUUUUUACAAUAAAAUAAUGUAUUAUUAUGCAAUUGAAAUAUGUAUUUUGAUAUGGCAUCUGUUAAAAUAAAAAAAGCCUAUAAAAUAAAAGACACAAUUGUUUGCCCUUCCAUUACUAUAACAUUCUUCAGGGUAUAUAGUAACAGAGUGAGGUUUAUAUUUCAGUUGUGUCUUGCAUAUAAUUUUUAAAUGUGUGCAAAAUGUGGGUUAUGUAUAUAAAUGUAAUCAUUAAAAUAUAUUGUUUUUUAAUCUUCAUUAAAUGUCGAAAGUAAUAUAGCCGGAUUGUGACAUAAAUGUAAUGUAUACCUGCUAAAUGCAUGCCUAGUUUCUGACAAUCAAUCAAUGAAGAGGAUAAAAUGAAUGCAUAGAAAAUCAUUGAAAGCUCAGUUCUUUAGCCACAAAAAGUGUAAACAGCCUGGACAAACAUUGAUCCACAAUAGUGAGCUUAACAAACCAUUGCAUGUGUUGUAAAUAAUGAAAGUUGCUAGAGUCUAUUGAUGUGCACAGCAAGUGUUAAUUCCCAUCCUCUGGACCACCACUCUUGUUGACCUAGUCCCUCCUUCCCAGGUGCAGGACCCUCUCAUAAAAGCUUAUCUGGCAGAUUAUCUCCAAUUCAAUUGCAGAUGACUGCCUUACAGAGCUGGGUGUCUUCAGGGAAGAGACCAGUGACCAGGAAUUCAGUGCAGCUCUGCUUAUAAGAGGAGGCUGUGAGGGAAUUCCUUCAGAGAUCCUGGUCAGCCACAAGACAACGCAGAGAUUACAAUCCAGACAGUUCCUCAUAGCUGUUUUGGACGGUCACUUGUGGCCAUGAGCUUCUUCCAACAGACCAAUAUCUCAGAGGAGCAGUUCUUCUCAAGGAUUUCAGAUGAGGAAGAUGAAAUUGAUAUUCUGGGAGAAGAUGACAGUUGUGGCUUCCAACAACAUUUCUGCCUAAAGCCUCAAUCUUCAGACAUGGAUACUAAGAUGUCUCCCACCAAAUCCAGCUGUGGGGAAUCAGAGAGUGACUCUUCUGGAGAGAGUGAGUCUACAGAACAGACCAUGAACACUGGAGGUAAAUCAAAAAGGACCUUAGUAAAACCUCCAUAUUCAUACAUCGCCUUGAUCACCAUGUCUAUUCUACAGAGUCCAAACAAAAAACUGACCCUCAGCGGAAUCUGUGACUUCAUCAGCAAUAAAUUUCCCUAUUAUAAGGACAAAUUCCCAGCCUGGCAAAACUCUAUAAGGCACAACUUGUCUCUCAAUGACUGCUUUAUCAAGAUCCCCAGGGAACCGGGCAACCCAGGCAAAGGAAACUAUUGGACUCUGGACCCAGCUUCAGAAGACAUGUUCGAUAAUGGAAGUUUCCUCAGGAGGAGAAAACGAUUUAAAAGACACCACAACGAAUUCAUCAAAGAUAGCUUGAUGGUCUACCCUCCCUUUCAUUACUACAGACCUUACAGGGCUCUUCACCCACAGACAUAUGUUCAUCCUCAUGUCGUAACCCCGAUGCCCAUAACUGAAAGACUAGUGAUCCCUACACACCAGCAGAUCUCUUACCAGGAUAUGCCUCAGGGGAAACUCCCCAGUAACAUCCAAGGACUAAAUAUACAGCUCAAACCCCAGGCUUUGGGCAACCAACAUCCUCCAAACAAAUGCUCCUUCAGCAUAGAGAGCAUUAUGAAGAAAACCAAGGAGCCAGAAAUUUCUGUCCCAGAUCUCAACCAGUCCUGGAACUAUAGUCAUUUUCAGCAAAGGUCAGCUUCCAUGCUGCCAGCUAUACUUAACAUAAAUGCUGGACCUCUGCUAUCAUCCUAUGGAGCCCGGCAGUACUGCCAUAUGAGGUUCCCCACUAACUUCUGAUGUAUAUAUAUAUAUAUAUAUACAGUCCUAGAAUUAACCGCAACUAAACCUGAGCAAUCACACUUACUGCGCUGCUUUUGGCUUGUAUUUAAUGGACCAAUGUCUGAUUUAGAGAUACUUAUUUAUUAAUGUACUGUUCUAUAUAAAACCCCAUAUUUUUCCUCACUGCAUUGCUAUAUUCAGGACUUAAAAUACACAGUUGGUGAGGAAGGGAUGGAUAUUCGUGGUUGCUGUGUGUUUUUUUAUUUUUGUUUUGUUUUGUUUUUUGACUCUCUGUGGGUACAAUGUUGUAUUUAAAUGUUUGCAUGGCUGUUUUAUUUGAUGUUUCAUUGCUUAUUGAAAUGUACAUAGCUAUAAAGUAUUUAUUGUCAGAGAAUAAUAACAUGUGUGGUAAUUCCAUACAAUAAAACC